AUGUCUUCCUUGGUUGCUAAUCAUUCAAAAUCCAUAAAUGCAAAGGAUAUUUCAUUUACCAAUAUUUUAGUGGUUGGAGGUUCUUACGCCGGAAUAUCAUUUCUCAAGGGUAUUGUAAACCAAGUUAGAAAAGAAAAUAAACGAAAGCUAGACUCAAAACUCAAUAAUAAAAAACUACUAAUAACCAUGGUUGAGCCUAGAUGUGGACUCUUAAAUAUUAUUGGUUUACCAAGAUCUAUACUUGAUGUGGAAUUUGCUAAGUCUCAGUUCCUUUCAUUUCGUAAAAUCAAUCUCAUGUUUGACAACAUUUACAAUAAGUAUGGAUGCUAUAUGAAUAAUCAAAAACCAGUUGACUCAUUUAAACACCAAGAGUCUUCUUUAACUUUGAAUCAUAUUCAAGGUAAAGUCAUUCACUUAGAUAAUAAACUGGCAGAAUAUGUACUUGAUGAAAAUGGACCUAAAAAAAAGAUCUAUUUCGAUUAUGUUGUUCUAGCGACUGGUAGAGAUAGAAACUCUCCAAUCACACCAAAAGCAAAUACCGGACCAAUGUUUGUCAAGGAAAUGAGCGACUUUAAUAAGACAAUAGAGAAAUAUAACAUUAUAUCAAUUAUUGGUGGUGGGGCAGUUGGUGUCGAAAUUGCAGCAAAUAUUAAGAAAUACUUCCCCAAAAAGAAUGUUAAUAUAAUACACCCGCAUUAUCUGCUUCCUCCAGAGCCUCUAUCUUGUGAAUUUAAAGAUAGUGCGUAUAGAUCCUUAGUAGAUGCUGGAAUUAAUGUUAUUUUGGGUACUAGGAUCUUAAGGGAAUGUGAUAAUGGUAAUCUAGAAACGAAUAAUGGUGAAAUAAUUACAUCUGAAUUUAAUUUUUGGAGUUACAUAGUCAACACAGGGACGCUUUUUGGGGUGUCGUGUCGAGUGUCUAGGGUUUAUGGGUUUAUGGGGGUUUAUUGCCGUUUUGGGAAGUGUCUAGGGUGUAGAAAGAGCUGGAUAUGGCUAAGCUUGGACUAG